AUGUUGUCCAAAAGUGCGCUGGUUGUCGCAGCCUCUGUGGCUGUCGUAGAGGCAAUCGACAAUGGUCUAGCUAGAACCCCGCAGAUGGGAUGGAAUAAUUGGAACUCCUUCGGCUGCGAUGUUUCUGAGCAUUUGCUGCUUGACCAUGCGAAGCUCAUCUCCGAGUACGGCCUUCAAGACUUGGGAUACGGAUAUGUCGUCCUAGAUGACUGUUGGUCCGAUGGUCGCGAUAGAAAGGGUAAACUGGUUGUAGACAAGAAGAAGUUUCCUCGCGGAAUGGCUGCCGUUGCAGACGAUUUGCAUGCUCAAGGCUUCUUAUUCGGCAUGUACUCAAGCGCUGGUGAAUUGACAUGCGCACGAUAUGCUGGUUCUUUGGACCAUGAAAAGGAUGACGCUCAAAGCUUUGCGGAUUGGGGUGUUGAUUAUCUCAAAUAUGACAACUGCUACCACAUGGGUCGCUUCGGCACUCCUCUCAUUUCGUUCGAGCGCUUCAACGCCAUGGCAGAAGCUCUCAAAGCCACAGGCAAGAACAUCUUUUACAGUCUUUGUAAUUGGGGUGAGGACUACUCAUACAGUUGGGCUGCGUCGAUUGGUAACUCUUGGCGCAUUUUCGGAGACAUCUACGACUCUUUUGCCCGACCAGAUGAUCUAUGCUCUUGCAAUGAUCCCGCUAACCCGGCUUGUAUUGCUCCUGGCACUCACUGCUCGGUUCUCGCCAUCAUUAACCGAGUCGUUCCUUAUAUCGACCGCGGUCUUCCAGGAGGAUGGAAUGAUCUCGAUAUGCUUGAAGUUGGUCAUGGUGGUAUGACUGAGGAGGAGUACAAAGCUCACUUCACCAUGUGGGCAGCCCUGAAGGCGCCGCUCCUUCUUGGAACCGAUCUUCGCAAGUGGUCAGGUUCCGACCUUUCUAUUGUCACCAACCCGGCUGUGAUUGCCAUCAACCAAGAUCCCCGUGGCCGUGCCGUUCAGCGUGUCAGACGUAACUUCAACGUUCCCAAGGACGAGUGGGGUGUCGGCGAGACUCAUAUCUGGAGCGGUCCUCUCGCAAACGGAGACCAGAUCCUCAUCUUCCUCAACGUCGCCGACGAGGACCUUGACAUGGGUGCUACGCUCGAGGAAAUCUUCCUCACGAAUGGCGUUGGCGGCACUGCCCCUCAGAACAAGAAUGACUGGGCUGUCUAUGAUCUAUGGGGCAAGACUGGUGCUGCUAUGAGCAGUGAGGACGCCCAAGCUGUCCUUGACGCCGACAGUGCUUCAGCCCGAAAGCAGAAGCUACAAAAGCUGAACUGGUAUAAUUCGACCGAGACCUCCUACGCUGAGGGUUUGAAGCGCGAGGAUCCGCGGUUGUUUGGCGAGCGCGUUGGUCUGAUCAAGUCUGGUGGCCGCUUUGACGUCCAUGUGCCCAGACAUGCUGCUAAAGCCUACCGCUUGCGUAGUGUGGGCGGUGAGAAGUUUAAGCAAAAGAGCCAUCUACAAAAAGAUGAGCUAUGA